AUGGGACCUCCUGCUCACCUGCUGAUAGGUCAGGUUGGUGCUGAGAAGUGGCACAAGGACACACGUACAACAGUACAAGAAGCCACUACAUUGACAAAACGAUGUGGCAAGGAGGCCCUGGAUCUGUGGCGUCCUGCCAAAGUCCCUGGCCAAGCUGAGGAAACACCAUACGAGCGCAAGCUGAAGAUUGACUCCUGGAAAUUCAAGAUAGAUGUCUCGGAUUCUGGAGAGGUGAAGAGAAAACCCCCAGAGGGGCCAGGAGUGACUCUAUGGAAAAGCAAAAUGAAGCCUCCGCCUUGGGUUUGCAAGUUAGCCUUGCCUUCCUCCAGGGACUAUUGCAACACAAAGAACAAUGAAUAUGUGGCUCAGUACUUCAGGGAGACACGCCUGGUAGUCAGUCGCAUGCGCCAGGCUCUUAUUGAAAUCAACGAGCAGUUCAAGGGAAUAAUGCGUAUGCGGCAGAAAUUGGGUGCCAUGUUGGAUAAAAUCUGCCAGGGCCUCGUGACCAACAAGCAGAGCAAAGCCAUCCGAGAGCACCGGGCAGAAACAGAAAAGAUAUCUGACAAAGUAGAUGUACUCAUGAAAUGGGAAAAGGAGGAAUUUACGAAACUGAAAAUCAAACUGCAGGAUAUGAUGGCCUCGUCAGGAGAACAUCUUAAGGAACUAGCUACAUGCAGGGAAACCCUCAACACCCUGUGUGGCGAACGUGGUCGUGUGCUCGACCUGAUGCCCCAGCCUCUGCGCAUGGUUCUCUUAGGGGCUGGACGUGAUUCCUGGCUUGGCCUAGACCGGCCCUCAUCCCCCUGGGUGGAGAGAAAUGAAACCCCAAUUCCAAACCCCGUGGGACCAUUCACACCAGAGUGUGCGGGAGCUAUAGAAGAUGCCCGGCGUCUUACUGUUCUCACCAAAGAAGUGAUGCUUCAGUUACAAAAAAGUAUCAAUGAGGCACAGGAUACCCGCAAUGCUGUGCACAAUGCCAUUGAAAACAGAUUGCAAGGCAAGAUGGAGGAGACUCUCGGUCAUAAGGAAAAAUUAGAUAUAACUCUGGGAGGAACACGCAGUACUCUGCACCGCUGCCAACGUUUCCAGCAUGAGAUGCGUCUCAAUCGUGGAUUGACACUGGGUCCUGAGAGUAUGAAGUACCUGGAGACACGGGAAAAGCUGACACGGCCAAUGGUGCGGACGUAUCAGAGACACGUGGGAACACAAUUGCCUGAAGCUACAAUUGUCCAGCAGUCCACUGAAGAGUUAGAUUGCAGCAUGGAAGAUACGGCCAUGAAUAUCCAGCAUCUAAAAGCCACUCAGAAGUACUUGAACGAAUGCAUUCAUAACAAGCUGACAGGCUAUGAAGUUGACGGUAGUAUCAAACGGCUGCGGCAGCGCCGUAUGCAUCCACGCACCAACAUGAAUGAGAUUUUUGAAUUGGUCUAUACCUAG